GCUAAGAAAGCCAAGGAAACUGCAAAGGCCACGCAACGGGCAGCCAUCAAGGCCAAGGAUGCCGACAAGGCGCCAUGGUGCUGUUUUGCCUCUGAAGACGAGAUAAGACGAGUAGCCCUGGGGAUAGGAAGAAACAUCCAGAGAUCACAUCCGGCGCUGGCUAUGCCGAGAAUGACCUCUUCGGAUAGCGGUGCCUCUGCUUCCGCAUCUGGGCAACUGCUGGGCAAUCGGGAGCUGGGCUUCAGCGCCAAAGCUGUGGCUACGAGUGUAGGUGGUGCUCUUCACCGUGCACUCGCAAAGAAGCGUUGGAAGGCAAAGUACAGCCCCAAUACAGGGUGA